AUGAAGUUCGAGUUUCUGAACGACUUUAUUGAUGUUUCACAUCUAAAUUAUAUCUCAGACUGUGGAACCGUUGACAAGGUUAAUCCACAGCACCUGCGGCUAGUGAUGUGCGGGCCGGGCCUCAAAGCCUUCAAGCCCGCCAAGCCCGGCCCAAAAAGCCUGGCCCGAGUCAAGCCUGGCAGCGGGCUCAAGGCCGGGCUCAGAGUGUAG